AUGGGCCCAAGAUUGAUGAAUGCCAACACCGUGGAUUCACCUGUGCUCAGCUCGGGCACCUGCUUCCGCAACCGCUACGUCGAGAGCGGCGCCAGCACCCCCAUCGCCAGCCUGAGCCACGACCUGGCGGUGCUGCAGAACUCGGCCCAGGUCUUCCUACAGGGCCUGCACCCGCCCGCCGGGUCGGCCGCCACGCAGAAGCUGGCCAACGGCACGGCCACCGACCCGCCGCUGGCCGGUUACCAGUACAUCCCCUCCUCCUCGCCGCUGACCCCGGAGAUACUUCACCAACUCCAAACCCUCGCAGACCAGCACGAGUGGGGACUAGCCUACAACGCCUCCUUCCCGAUCCGCGCCGUCUCUAGUGCUAGUACCAGCACGACUUCGUCGGGUGGGGAUGGUGGUGAGGGUGGUGGUGGUGUGUCGAGGCCUGCGGCGGGCGUCAUUGGCGCGGUGGUGGUGCUGCUGCUCGAGGCGAUGGUCAUGGCGGUGGCUGGGCUGAGGGUGGCGAAGAAGAAGGGCCUGAGCGCCAAGGACUCGCAGGCGGAUGACGGAUCGACGUCGACGAGGUAA